AUGGAUACCCACCCUCCAUCUGGUACCUCGCCGGAGGUCGCCAGCUAUUAUGAGUUGAGCUGGUCGAUUCUAAGCAGCAUCGGACUGUUCACAACUCUCCUGAGUAUCUGGGCCAUGCUCAUCACACGGCCCAGCCCCUUGAGCUUCAUCCCCAUUGUCGUCUCCGCUGCUGGUGCCGUGGCCAACGGACUCUGUUACUUUUCCUUCUACACAUCGCAUCCUACCGGAGACCGAGCAGCUGCCAGUGCCAUUGCCGAUAUCCUCUGGCUGGUCCAAGAAGCAGGCCUUUCCUUCUACAGCUACCAAAUCCUACUACACACUCUCCGGGACAGGACCCGGAUACUCUUCCUUUCCCUGUUCUGGUUUUUCAUGGUUGUAAUUUGCGCCAUCCGAAUGACUAUACUCGCCAGCAGAGUCCUCGAAAUCACUGAAGAAGGCGUGUCCUCUCAUUCCGCUGGCCCAUUACAACACCGAAUCGACUGCCUACAUGUCGGCUACUUCGCGAGUAUCGCAUUGGUCGAAACGUGCACCUCUUUCUUUCUUAUUCGUCUUCUGCACAAGGCAUACCGCGUCUCUCCUAAAAUGUCCUUCACAAGAAUGAUCUUCCGGCAUGUGCUCCGCACAACUGAGGUGCGCGUUGCUAGCCUCUGCAUUAUCGGGAUCACCCGCGCAGUUACGUAUUCGUUGCAGGUCACAUCGCAAACAGCCACGACGGUGGCGGGUCAGUUUGACCGGUUUGCGUAUACGAUGGAAUGCUUGUUUCCGUUGGUUAUGAACCUCGCGGAGGUCUUGAACCCGGAGUUGAUUGAACAAAUUUUGAUUGAAAAGAGAAACCCCAGAAUCUAUUGGGGUACGGCAACCACCGGAAGACCACACGUCGGGUACUUCCUCGCUGCGCUCAAAAUCGCUCAAUUGCUCCGUGCACAUUGCGACGUCGUUGUCCUGCUCGCCGAUGUCCACGCCUUCCUUGACAACUUGAAGGCGCCGCUUGAGCUUGUGGAGAACCGUGCGAAAUACUAUAGCAAGAUCAUCACGGCGAUCCUCGAGUCGGUAGGCGUGCCUACUGAUAAGCUCGAGUUCGUUCUUGGCAGCUCCUACCAAAAAAGCCCCGAAUAUGUCAUGGAUGUGUAUCGCCUGUCAAGUUUGAUCUCCGAGGCAGAUGCUAAGAAGGCUGGCGCAGAGGUUGUCAAACAGACCGACAAUGCUCCAUUGAGUGGCCUUCUGUACCCGGUGCUUCAGGUGCUCGACGAAGAGCAUCUCAAAGUUGAUGCUCAGCUAGGAGGUAUGGACCAGAGGAAGCUCUUUACCGCCGCCGUGGAAUGGCUGCCUAAGAUUGGUUAUCGAAAGAUCGAUUUGCUAGACCCAGCCGAGAGCAUCUCAAAGAAAAUUCGCAAAGCGGAAGCAGCUCCUCGGGUUGUCGAAGAUAAUGGAGUUAUCGCACUAGUGGAAUAUGUUCUCCUACCCGCCGCUGAUCUGAAGGGCAAGAAGGAGUUCCGAGUCGAGCGAAGGGAGGAGGAGCCAUUGAUCUACACCGAUAUCAAGCAACUUAAGGAAGAUUAUGCGAACGAUGUUUUAACGCCACAAUUACUCAAGCCUGCUGUAGCAGCGGGCCUUGUCGACCUUAUGGCACCUAUACAAGCGGCGUACCAAGCCUCUCCAGAAUGGCAAGAGAUUACUCUGAAGGCCUACCCCCCUCCAGUUGUGGAAAAGAAACAGAAGAAGGUCAAGAACAGGGGCACUCGCUUCCCGGGCGCUAUAGUGCAGCAGGCCCAAACGAAUGGCGCUGAACCUACGGAGAAGUAG